CAUGAUUAUGCGGGUGAUAUUGUACGAAUUGCCAAACAAUUUUGAUAGCAAAGAAUAACUUUACUCCACCCAAGCAAAACAGUAAAGUUUCAAACUAGUUCGUCCGUCGUUCGUCGUUGGGCACUGUGAUGCUUGAUGACCACGGUGUUAAUAAAUGGGAUGCAUAGGCUCGCUUGGCAGGUUUCAUCACACAAACAUUCAAACUCAUUCAUCGAUAAACCUCAAAAAUAUGAAAAGGUGCAAGGAUUUUAUCUUGUGAAAAAUCUGAAAAUCUGCUAGUUUCGCGUAUUUUUUUUACCGUAAAGUAAUACUAAAUGCAAGUUGACGUUGUGGUGCUCGCGAUGCGAUAGGAAUCGUGAUGUAAAACAAUGUUUUUGGCGUAAUUUAUAAAGUGAAACAUCAGUGGAGAGGGGAACGUAAAUUAGUCACCUCCUUGGCUGGGCUGGUCGGUGGAUUCGGUUGAACGAACAACGAAACAAGGAGGAAUCACAAGCAAAAAGAUCUUCGAAGGAAUUUUUUCUCGUCCGUCACCAAAAUAAGUGGUGGUGGCUCGUUGGGUGCAGCAGUUUAGCGCAAAGUGGAAGGCGAAACCAACAAAAAAAAAGUGAUCAGUGAAGCAUACGCAGCAGUCAGUGCUUUGGGAAAAUGGCUUACAUCAAUGUGGCCGAAUGGAGCAGCGAUCAGGUCACGGACUGGCUUAAAGGGCUUGAUAAUUCUAUGUACCACUAUGUGCAGUCGUUUACGAACAAUGAAGUCGGUGGCAGACAGUUACUCAACAUACGUCCCUACGAGCUGGAACAGCUGGGGAUGUCUUCGAUUGGUCAUCAAGAGAUCGUGCUGGAAGCUGUAGGAUAUCUGAAAAAUUUUAAUUACAAUUUAGACAAAGAGAACCUUCAACUACUCGCACUUCACGUGGCCCUAGCAGCACGUUCACUCUGCAGGCAACUGAAAUACUCUGAUCAAACCAAACUCGAAACGCAGAUAUUGAAGGAUAUUAGCCGUACCGUAGACGAGGUUAAACCACUAAUAGGCUGGCUUGAUCGUCCUCCGUUUAAAGGUCAGUGUCAAUUCGAUGAGUUACGGAAACAGAUCAUGAAGCUCGGCAUCGAAAUGGCAACGAUGGGUAUGCGUGAUCGAUUUUCUGUAAAACCAGUUGAAACGGUGUUUCAGGCAGCCGAUAAAUUAGCGAAGAUCGCAGAUUACAUCAUACAAGACAUUUCUGAUCCGAUGGUGCUUCAACCGGCAUCGUUAGAUUUAGUAACUCUGAAAAAGCGAGAAUCUGACCUUGGAUUUUUGGUAAUGCCCAGCUUGAACGGAAUCCACAGGAUUGCUGAAAUAAAAUUCAACUCACCAGCGCACAACUCAGGGAAGGUUGAGGAAGGCGAUGAAAUUGUUCAAAUCAACUACCAAACGGUAGUUGGUUGGGAAUAUAAAAAAGUGCUGGUGCAACUUCAGGAAUCUCCGCCUGACGUUCUGCUGACACUGAAAAAACGACCCAAGCAUACCAAAAUUUAUGGCCAAAUCUACAUCAAACCAUACCGAUUACCGAGCAAGAAACGGGCCCUACCGUACCGAUUGAGCGAAAACCUACCAAGUCCUCGAACGGAACUGUUCGCCCUGCAAGAUUUCAGUCUUCCGCUGGCUCGGGUACCGGAGAAGCACGUGUCGUCCGAUUCCGAAUCUGAGGGAAGUGAUAUUCUAACCCCGACGGAUGUUAAGAAAUCCGAUAAGGACAUUCGAUUAUACAUGCCAAAACCAAGAGCGGUACUCCAGAGGCGGCACACCUUGUCCAACUUCAAAGACUUGGUAAGCGUAUCGUUUUGGCACGAGCGUCAAUCGAAGCUACUUUCGGCUGAUCCACAAAAUCUGCGGGACAAAUCGCUUUCGUUUGGGUUCGGUUUGGAAAUGGCUCCCAGAUCAACGACCUGCUUGGGAAUGGUUCCCGGUAACGGGGUAGGGUCAUCUGAACCUGGAAAACUGAACAGUUUUGCCGGAUUGAAAGGAUCCCUACCGGAUAUUAUUCCACCAAAUGAGAUCGAAAAGCCUAUCGAUGAGGAUAGCGACGAGUAUAAACCAGGAAUUUCCAAAGUGGUCCGCUUCGAGUCGAAUAUGAAAUUUGAAGAGUGCCACGUAGACACCAAAUAUACCUGUAAUGUCGAUAAUACGGUGCUGGAAACGUUCGAGCCUAUCCCCUAUGCGGAUGAAGAACCACCAGCACAAAGUGUGAAUGAGAGAGUGAAAAGGUUUGAAUCUAUUGCCAACAAACAGUGUGCAAACAGCAACAACAGUAACUGUGUUAGCUCCGCAGCAAGUGCUUCCAGUAACAUCGAAAAUAGUAAAACAUCUGAUAAUUUGGAGCAAACCGAGAAAAGUGCUAUAGGCAGCGUUACGAACGGUGUGAAUGAUACCAGCAAUGCUGAUUCAACUCCAGUGACAGGAAUUAGGCCCGUAGUGAAACCAAUUCCAAUGCAGAGACAAAUCUCCAGAGAAGCUGAUAUUGCGGAGGCCAUCAAUAUGGUGUUGAUCAAUCGGGAGACGGUGAAGCGCGGUCGUCUGGAUAAGAGUCACAGUACACCAGCGUACGACGAUGAUGUGGAUAUACCACCGGCGAUCGAACCACGCAAAGAACAUUUGUUUAAAGCUCCACCAGUGCCACCUCCACGACCAAAAAAGACUCUCGAAUCGAACAAUAUACAUCUCGUUCCGGAAAAACCGCCUCCACCAUCACCAGCACUUCUGGCUGCUGCCACAGUCCCAGCCACAGUACCAUCCACACCAUCCACUCCAGCAGAUCUGGGCUUCAUAAGCCCACAGCAAGUGUCUAUUAGCGAUCCCAUCGAAGAUAACAACAAAUCCAAACUUGCCAACCUUGUUGAUCUGAAAAAUCGAGAAGGCAGUUCACAUGCAGAGCAAUCGCAUAGUUCUUCAUUCGUACUGUCGCCCCCACCUAAACCUGCGGAACGAAUAGUUGCCCCUCCAAGAAGGGUACCGGUGGCAAAACAUUUUUUGGAAGGACCUCUCGAAACGCCAUCGGAGCUAUUCACACCAAACAAAACCAAAAGUUUAACAUUAAAAAAGAAGAACUCCAUCCUAUCUAAAAGAAGGAAUGUUUCCCUAAAAAUAUUGUGCGUAAGUGAUAUACAAGGCCAUUUGUAUCGAAGGACUAAAGAUCGUAGCGGAUUAGCGUAUUGGGCCAAGUACUAUUUUGUGCUAAUCGAAACCACACUCUACGGUUUCAAAUCAAAGGACUCACACAAGGCCAAUAGUAUGAUAUUCCUGUCAGGGUUUACGAUUUCCUUAGCGAAGGAAGUUCACUCGAAACCGCAUGCUUUCAAAGUUUACCACCCAAAUAAAACGUUCUACUUUGCUGCCGAAACCCAGGUAGCUCUGGAACAGUGGAUGGAAUAUAUCAGAAAGGCUACUUUGAAGGGCAACAAUACAGCUCCCGGUAGUGGGUCGGCCGACCACAGUGUAAAGGAAUUGUUUUCGGAAACUGAUAGUUCAGAAGAUGAGUUUAGCCUAAUGGAUAGUCAAACCAAACUCAACUUGUUGUGUACUCCCUCUCCGCAACUGUCAUCAUCGGUUGGAAGAAACCAGGAUAAUCAUUCAAUGCAUGGCGAUACGAAUCACAGCAGUACCCCAACUUCCUCAAAACAGGACAAAUACCAUCUUAAUUUCGGUUCGCUGAAGAAAUUCACUAAGAAUUAUCCUUUCAAUUCCGAUGAAAAGGGAUCCAGUGGUAGCAGCAAUAAUGAGAGCAGAUUUUUUGGGUUGUUCAGCUCUAGUAAAAAUGUAGAGAAAACCAAUUCUAGUGAAACGCCAGUUCCUACUCCGCAAUUCCGUAGUUAUCGCAAGGUUCCAGGGAAUAGUGCUGUCCAUAACAAUUCUACAGUUUCUAUCGCAACAGAAAUGGCACAAACCUCAAUGCAUGACAUCAAAUCAGCAAGCAAUUUGUCGCUGGCAUCCAUCAGUACCAACCAAUUAAAUAUUCCUCCCGUUGUUCAACCUAUCCAUAAACGAAUUGCACUGGAAGAAAUGCCUAAACCUAUGAUAGUAGAACUACCGCCAUCGGAUCCACCCACACCAGUUCAUUGUGAAACAGACGAGUUACUCAAUCGCGCGAAGAAAACUAAACGAAUAUCGCCUCAUAACUUUAUUCAUGCAUCUAAUCCGAACUUGGUUGAAUUCGAUUUUCAAACCUCGAAACACAUCCUACAAUCUGUUUCUAACUGGGAUCCCAUGCCAUCCCAUAAUAGUCUACACCCAACUAUUACACUAAAGGAAUUAAUGCUGCAGAAGCAAGCAGAGGAAGCGCAAGAUAUGUACAACAAGCGGGUUUGCUUAGGUGUCGAGAGAUUGGAUGACCGGAGCCUAAAAAAGACGCUUGCCAAGCCAAAUGAGAACAAGACAGAACUUAUUGAAGCAAAUGUUCCGGAAGCGAUUACAAAAAUUCAAAAACGACGUCUCCCGAUCACUCCGGAUUAUGCACAAAGUUUUAAGCUGGACGAUGAAGACAUUCUCUACACCAGAAGCAAAGAAGGCCAAAAACUUCGAGACUUUGGCUAUGAACUGAUUUCUGGAGACGAUGCGUUCGACUUGAAGAACGCGAUGGCAUCUUCCAUAGCGGGCGCAAGUACCCACUAUGAUGCUAGCAAACGCAACGAAGAUAGUGGCUCAAUCAAAAAGAAAACGCGUAACUGGAUUAAUUCAGAACGACGAAAUGAGGAAUCCUCCUCGUCGGAUCGAUCGCUGCGGGACAGUUUCAAGAAGUCGAAAAAUAAGGUUGUUAUGCUGGACAACAUCAAAGCGAGCAGCGAAAAACUGUUUCAGUUCAAACAUAGUAGCAAUAACGACAAGGAAUCGUUGAAAACCAAACAAAUGGACAAAACGACUCCAUCGCUCAAUGUAAACCUAAAGCAAUCCGGACCGUUCGGAAGUCUCGGCAAGAACCAUUCCGGAACACCGUCGCUCGACCAGUCGACUAUUUUCAGCUCAACCACUAUAUCCGGUGGCGUGAUUACGACCAGCCAUGUCCAUCCUGGUGCUGGGAGCUCGAGUAGCUCAACUAUAACAAGCUACAUAUCCGGUGGAAUCAAGAAAUCCAAUACGUGCAACAGUUCCUCGGAUUUUAAGGAAAACACCUCCAAGGUGCAGAAUUUGCGAAAGAAUUCAGCCCCGGAGCGUACCCCAUCUUACUUUACCAAGCUCUCGUUCAGCAGCUCGUCGGGGAAGGUGCCCAAGGAGAAGAAGCUGCUCGGAUCACCGGGACUACAUAGGGCUUUUUUCGGAAAGAAUCAACAGCAACCAACUGUGAUCGACCACGAGAUUUUCUCGCCCAUCACCUAUACCAAAAGCAAUCUUCCCUCCGACGGUACGCUGCAGUCCAACUCCACUAUGACCAGCACGAUAACGAUUGGAAACGUCCAGUCGACUGCAACCACAACUUCGGUGCUGACCAGCAACCUAUCCAAUCGAGCCUCGCCAGACUACCCCAACAUGGAGUACCCGCCGGUGUUUGAGCCGGAAACGUACUCUCUCAGCGAUCCUGCCAUGACCCUCCUGAAGCGCCGUCAAAACCAUCAUUCAAAAUGACGGCCGCAUAGGUUGGCCACGGUUCGAGAGCACGAGUGCGGAUGAAAUAGGCACUGAAAAUGCUACAAAGCUUUUAUAAGUGAUUCUUAGCGAUUAGUCUGAAUCUAAAAUGAUAUUAUAUGUACUUUCAUGGCGAUAAUCCUAAUUCGUGUAAAUUUAGAAUGUUAUACAAUUCCAAUUAAUCGGAAGGUGCUGUAAACGUUGUUUUAUAAUAGUUUAUAUAUGAAGAUAAUUAUUAAAGAUUUAUAAUGUUUGUGAAAAAAAAAUCAAUUCAAUUAUUUAUGAUUGGUAUAAACUUUUUGUGCAUGAAAUUUUAUAUAAUAUUAUUAAACGCGUACAAUACGGCAAAUGUGAUCCUAUGGUAUAAUUUACUACUUUAAAAUACUUAGUAUAGAAUUAAAUUAUUUCAUAAAUACAACAAAAAACAGUGAUUUCGAAAUAAACAGAUUUUCUUAACACCACAACCUGAAAAACGCUCAUGGUUAGCAGUUUUAUAACUACUUACCGUAACACAAACCAGUUUCAUGAUAUUUAAGCAUAAUCAUCGUAAACUUUACCAGCUUUUGAGACAUUCCGUGAGCAGAUGUACUGCCUGUAAUCGCAUAUUGAUACCAUCUUUGCUAGGUUUCCCAUUCAUAUCGGACAGAUAUGCGAUUACAUGCAGUGUAUCCGCAUGCAAAUGAAUAAAUAAAUGUGUUGUAGUGUUUAGUGCUUGAAGAGCUUUUCUAAAUGUGCACGAACUCCCCGUGCCACUGUAAUUAAUUCUUAUGGUAGUAGUAGAUUGAAAAUAGUGCCUUACUAGAGUUUGAAUUAUGAUGAUCAAUAAACAGUCGGUUGAAUGUUAAAGUUUUCCUAGAAAUGA